CUCUUGCCUUGCCUGUCGGUACCAACAUUUCUCUAAUGAUAUUGUGGCAGUGUAAGGUGUCCCUGUGCAUUCACAUAAAUAUAGGUUUGCUUCUUCUUCUUCCAUGUCCAUUGCAGCUGCCAUUAAAUUGGAGCUUGGAAGAUACUUCACCUCACACUCUCCUUCUUUUGCUCAUCCUCUUGUCGAACUCUCGCAGCUAAGAGCAUCCAUUUGUGUUGAUUCGUAGGUGCUUUUGAUCGAUCACUUUCUGCGAUACGCCGGUUGUUAGCUUGAACAAAGGUUGCGGUUGCUAUCCUUAAGACCACGUUUGCAUGGGCUGUGUAUCAUCGAAGCAGUUCAAACGAGCUCCGGGGUAUGAGGAUCCCAAUAUUUUGGCUAAAGGGACCACUUUUUCUGUGAAUGAAGUGGAGGCCCUCUAUGAGCUGUACAAGAAGAUAAGCCAUUCCAUUUUCAAGGAUGGCCUAAUUCACAAGGAGGAGUUUCAACUUGCCCUCUUCAGGAACAGCAACAGGAAGAAUUUUUUUGCCGAUCGGAUAUUUGAUUUGUUUGAUCUGAAGCGCAAUGGGGUGAUUGAUUUCGGGGAGUUCAUUCGGUCCCUCAACAUUUUCCAUCCGGACACGCCUUUGGCAGAAAAGAUCGCCUUUGCAUUUCGGCUAUAUGAUCUGAGAGGUACUGGAUACAUUGAACGCGAAGAGCUCAAGGAAAUGGUGCUUGCCAUUCUGAAUGAAUCAGAUUUGCUUCUUUCUGAUGACGCCGUUGAACAAAUUGUGGAUCAGACGUUCGAGCAAGCCGACAUGAACGGUGAUGGGAGGAUAGAUCCCGAUGAAUGGAAGGUUUUUGCUCGCAAAAACCCUGCUUUGCUGAAGAACAUGACGCUUCCAUACCUGAAGGAUAUAACCAUGGCAUUCCCCAGCUUUGUUCUGACCUCUGCAGUUGGUGAUGAAGAGUUGUAGCACCCUCGCAAAACUCCCCAGGCUCUUUCUAUAUUGCUCACUGUGGUCAUGGCCAAGCUGUGAGGACACUGCAAGCUCAGGUUGCCAGUCAUCAGCAAGCAUCUAUCUGGUGAUUCAAGUCUCAGACAUUCAGCAGCAGCAACCUCCUGAAGAUGCAGGCACAGAUCUGGGAUUUUGGGGGUGAGAUUAGGUGUGCUGUAUAUGGUAAUAAAGAGAUCCCGCAAAGAAGGACACCGCGCAAAUUACUGUAGAAACAGACCACAAGGUUAUUGUAACAUGUAAGCAAGUGGUUCACUUGAGGGCGUGGUUGUAAGGAUCAGAAUGAUGAGUGCUAGGUCUUCCCCUUUUCAUUUUUGCUUUGGUUCUUGAGGCUGUAAAACUGGCAUGUGAAGUGGCUGAUUAUUAAGU